GGGAGAUUUCUAGGCCUUUCCUUCUCUCGCUCCCUGGCCCUGAUAGGCUUUGGCAGCCGGAGGGGGGAGGGCUGGGUCCCUCCAGAGACUAGUUUUGAACUUUGGCUGGAAAGAGCCGUUAGGUGUUUGAAGUCUUUGCGGCAGCUUUGUCACAGCUAAGCGCAGAGGAGAGGAAACGAAACCAGCAAAAAGGAGUUUUUGUCCGCAGUGCAAAGUUAGCAACCAGCCAAGAUUCAGCCACCUGACUUGCAAGGGUAGCCAAAGAGAGCUGAAAGUAGAAGGGCUGGCGAGUCUUAAGAUCCAGGCCCAGAAUGGCCCUUGAAGAGAACCAACAGCAGCAGGCCUGGGUUGAUUUAGCCACAAACUACCCUGAGGUAGUUGUGCAAGUUGGAAAAAUAUGUUUUGGUGAAAAAUCAAGGAAAAGGAUAUCAAAACAGUUAAGACAAGAUCAAAAAUACACACUUGCCCGUGCAGUGUGUGCCUUGCUAAACUCUGGAGGAGGUGUGGUAAAAGCAGAAGUUGAAAAUGAAAACUACAACUUUGAGAGAGAUGGAAUCGGACUGGAUGUAGAAGAGAUUUUUCGGUCUCUUCUUUUGUCACCAGACUUGGCAAAAUACCUCGACUUCAAACAGCAAGAUAAUUACCUUUUGAUUUUUAUUAAAACCUGGAGCAGUGAAAAAUCUUCCUUAAACUCUAGUAGUGCAAAGCCACGUAUCUGUAGCCUGACUUCUGGGUUGUAUGCAAAAUGUGGUGCUUCUCUUUCCCAUAUCACCCCUACUGAGGCUUUUGGAUUCCUUAAAGAAAAGCAAGCUGAAGCCAGGAGAGGGCUGAGCUCAGGACCAACUGCUAAAAAAAGGAAGAUAAAGAACGUUGCAGGAAUUAAGGAUAUCACAAACAAUACUGUUGCUGAGUUAUUUAAUAGGAACCAGCUGCAGUAUGGAGAGACCUUGCAUUUCACCGAGUCGGGAGAUGUGGAAUUUAAACAUUAUUCAACUGAGAAGGUCUUGACUCGUGUUAAAGAGAUUCUGCCUCAGUAUAUAUCUGGAUUUGCAAACAGUCAUGGAGGGUAUUUAUGGAUUGGUGUGGAUGAUGAUAGGAGAGUACAAGGAUUCAGCAGCAAUGAUGAAGACCUUAAAAAAUUAAGCGACGUGAUCAAUUCCAUUCAAAACAAAUUAACCCUCUUCCAUUUCUGUGAUAAUAAAUGUGGACACAAAAUAAGGUAUGAACACAAAAUCCUCAAAGUAUACAGUGAGCCUGGAGAGCACUGUGGAUAUGUCUGCGCUGUGAAGAUUGAACCCUUUACUUGUGCCGCAUUUUCAGAAAAUCCAGAUUCAUGGCUUGUGGACAACAGCAGUAUCAGGAGACUGAAAGCGACUGAGUGGGCUACAUGGAUGACCUCCACUGAUCCAGAUCUUUCACAGUUUUCUGACACCUUUAAGCUAGAGCUCAGUCUGACAGAGAGGCCACCGCUUGCCAAGCCAGUUUAUUCACAUCAAGGCCUUGACUGCAUUGAUGAUCUUCAUAAACAACUGUUUCCAGUGACAUCCCACAGCAUAACAUACACACCAGAAAAACUCACAGAAGAUCUCCUCCAAGAGUAUCCAGGGUUGGCUGACUUACUAAAAGAACAAUUGAAGGAGCUUUCUGCAGGAGUUCUCAUAUUUUCCAGAAGCUGGGCUGUUGAGGUCGGCUUGCCAGAAAACCAAUUCGUGAUUUGUGAUGUUCUCCUAAUAGCCGAGGGUAGGCCACCUACCCUCUAUACAGUCUGUGAAUAUCCUAUCACUAAGAUUUUUUUUGACUACUCAAGACACACAGCCUGGAGGCUGAAGCAGAAAUUAGUCAACACCGGGGGCUAUAUUCACAAGCUAUGUAUAAUACCAAAGCUACUGACUUUGCUUCCAAAAAACUACUAUGGAAAAGAAUGGGAUCUGAAUAUUCAAGAAAUGUAUCCCCCAAACUAUAGUGUAAUUGACAGUGACAAUUUGAAUGCCUUACUGUGUGCUCUCACAGUAGCUUUGCUGAAUUUCCAGUCCUUUUUAAGUGACCAUCUUGGUUUUGAGUUUUUCAACCUCUUGACCGUCAAACAAUACCAGAUACUGUCAGAAAAUCUUCAUAAAACUAAGAAGCUGUAUGUUUAUGGCCUACCAGGAACAGGAAAAACUGUAGUGGCCCUGAAGAUCAUAGAGAAAAUAAGAACUGUGUUUCAGUGUGCAAAAAAUGAGGUUCUUUACAUAUGUGAGAACCAACCUCUGAGAGAUUUUGUGAGGCAGAAAAACAUUUGCCAGGCUGUUACAAGAAUAAAGUUUUUGACAGAAAGGUUUGAUGAAGUAAAGCACAUAAUAAUUGAUGAAGCUCAGAAUUUCCAAGAUGGGAAUGGUGACUGGUAUAACAAAGCCGUGACUUUGACUUCAUCACGACAUCUCCCUAAGCCUGGCAUUCUCUGGAUUUUCUUGGACUACUUACAGACAAGUCAUUGCUUCCCAACCGGUCUUCCACCAGUAGAAUGGCAUGAUCCUGUAGAGUCACUAACCACAGUGGUCCGUAAUGCUAACGAAAUCUAUGGCUAUAUAAAAGCAAAAAUGGAUGCUAUCGUAGAGAAGUCUGUCCUAAAUAUUCCCAAACAACGUUUAGAAGGGUUAUUAUGUAGGGCCACAUGUGCUCAUGCUGUGCGAGGCUGUAUUAAAAAAGAAAGCAAGCUAAAUAGAUAUGGAAUAGCAAAAUAUGUGGCAGAACAUUGUCACAGAUAUCUUAAAAUGGGUUAUGCUCAGAAAGACAUUGCUAUUCUGUGUUACAGAGAUGGAGAAGUAAGAGCAUACAGUGAAAUACUAGGAUCAGAAAUGAUGAAAUAUAAGCCAAAUAUAUCAUUGAGCAAAAUGGAGAGAGAGGUGGAAGAGUGCGCUGUUCUUGAUAGCAUCCGUCGUUUCUCUGGCUUAGAGAGAAGCAUUGUGUUUGGUAUUAUCCCGGUUCCUGUGCCCUACCAGGAGGAAAUUUAUAGAAACAUACUAGUCUGUGUAGCAUCCAGAGCUAAUUUACAGCUACAUUUGCUGUUUGAACGCUGUGUUUAGAAAACCAUCUAGGAUCCCAAGGUGGCCCUUGGAGAGGACAGCGGUUAUACUUUCUGAAAGUCUUUUGGCUCUGUGUAAAGUGUAGGCUAUCGUAAAGGAAAGCCUUACAAAUGGUUUGCAAACUUAGCUGCCCUUUGGAAGCCCUUACAGUCUGGUUUAAACCAAAGUUACAAAAAGGCAUGGAAAAGAGAUACUUCAAAUGACAGCAGAAUUACAUCACUCACUGAAGGCUCCUUUCGAGGACUUGCAAAGCCCUACUCUCAGCCUCCUGACUGCGCAGGAGUACGUUGGCAAGUGAAAGCCAGUAUGCCAGGACAGGAAACUGGAAUACUUUCUGGCUUUCAGCAGCUCAUUCCCAUACACGUGGUAAGCUACCAAACAGCUUAAGCAUCCAAUAUUGGAAGCCAUUUUUAAAAAAACAGCCUACCUUCAGAUACUCAGAAAAAAAAAAAGGGGGGGGGGGCUUCUGCCCAGGUUUCAGCUAGGAAAUACAAAUAAAUGGCUUCUACGAAAGUGGCUUGCCACUCUGAACUCCAGAGACGGUCAGUACAGGUUAGAAAACCCACAGCUGCAAAGAGGAGAAUUAGUGGACAAAGGAAACUUUGCAUAAAUGACUUCAGAUAGCAAUGGCAUUUUUGUCUUGGUUUCAGACAUACCAGCUAGGUAAAAAUACCUGUAGAGAGUUAGGUGCAAAUACUUUUGAAAGACAGAGCCAAAAUUCUUAAAACUGUGCAUCCAAAUUUGCAGGUCCUGUGAAAACAAACCAAAACAUAAACACUUAGUCUUAAUACUGUUUUCCUUACAGUAUAAUAGCUGGAGUAGAAGGAUACUGAUCUGCAUGUGUGGAAUCACUGAUGUUUAUUAUGAUGAUCCCCCAUUAGAACUACUUUAAAGCACUUAAUUUUACACAACAAUGAUCUAAAAGUAAAGUUAUAGUAACUAUAUAUGGACAUUCCCACCCCCCCAGACUAAAGAAGGGACCCAUAAUUCUGUAUUUUAUAUAGCAUGUAUAAAGAAUCUGUGCUUGAAUGUAAAGAUUUACACAGUAAAUGCCAAUGUGAAAAA